AUAAAAUUGAACUAAAAACAGAUUAAAAAACUAAAAGUAAACAAUUUGCAGACUAAGUAGUGAAAGAACUAUCUCAUCUAAUUACAAAAUAAUUGAAUGAUAUGAAAAUACAAAACCUGCUUUGAUCAAUCAAAAACCCAAAUCUUUGGUUUUAGUUAAAUCUAGGCUACUGUUCAAAAUCUUUUCAAUUUAGGGUUUCUUUAAAUCACUGCUAAUGAUUUGGGCAGUGUAAUUUCAGUUUCUUUUGGGGUUUUCAGAUUCUAAUUUCUAAUAGUGUGAUAUUUUCCCCAAUCAAGAAUUAUUAGGUUUACAGAAAACUUUUGAUUUAGAGGUUUGAAUUUUGGAAUGGCGUCUUAUAGGCAGUUUCCGGCGCAAUCUACUUUUCCACCGCCGCCUCCGCCGCAGCAGCAACAAAGACCUAAUCAGUUUAAUCAAAUGCCGAAUUUUCCACAACAUUACCCUGGAGCAGCAGCAGCUGCACCACUGCCUCCACCGCCACCUCAUCAGCAAUACCCGUAUCAACCACCGCCUCCACCGCCACCAGACUCGUCAUACCAACCUCCACCUCCACCACCAGGUGGUGGUGGAUAUUAUCCACCACCAUCACAAUAUCCUCAAUAUGGUCAUCAGCCUUUACAACAACCAUUGCAGCCACCUCCACCACCGCCACCGCCUCCACCGCCUUCGUCUCCCCCUCCCAGCUCUUCAAUGCCACCGCCGCCACCUCCUCCUAGCUCGCCGCCGCCACCGCCUCCUAAGGAAAGUGAAAGAGACAGAGGAAUGUCUAGAGGAAGGAGAGACCCGGGUGGUGGUGAUGCUAAAUAUAAACAGCAUCAGCAGCAACACAUUCGGCCGCCGCCAGUUCCAUCUCAUGGCGGAAAGAAGGUGAAUGGUCCACCGGGGAGAGUGGAGACCGAGGAGGAACGGAGGUUAAGGAAGAAAAGAGAAUUUGAGAAGCAAAGACAAGAGGAAAAGCAUAAGCAACAAUUGAAAGAAUCUCAGAAUUCAAUUUUGCAGAAGACUCAAAAUUUGUCUGCUCAAAAAGGCCAUGGUUCUAUUGUUGGAUCAAGAAUGGGAGAUAGACGGGCUACUCCAUUACUGGGUGGGGAGAGGAUUGAAAAUAGGUUGAAGAAGCCAACAACAUUCAUAUGUAAAUUGAAAUUCCGUAAUGAACUUCCUGAUCCAAGUGCACAGCCAAAGCUUAUGAGUAUGAAGAGGGAUAAAGAUCGAUAUACUAAAUACACAAUCACAUCAUUGGAGAAAAUGUAUAAACCACAACUUUUUGUGGAGCCAGAUCUUGGGAUACCUCUGGACCUACUAGAUCUCAGUGUAUACAAUCCUCUUAAAGGUAGGCCACCUCCAAUUCUUGAUCCAGAAGAUGAGGAAUUAUUGCGGGAUGAUGAAGCGGUUACUCCUGUAAAAAGAGAUGGGUUAAAGAUAAAAGGUCGUCCCACUGAUAAAGGUGUUGCUUGGCUGGUCAAAACACAAUACAUAUCUUCUUUGAGCACAGAAACGACCAAACAGUCUAUGACCGAAAAACAAGCAAAAGAACACCGAGAAAAGAAAGGAGGGCACAACCUUUUGGAGAACAAUAAUAGGGAGAGUCAAAUCAAGGAAAUCGAAGCAUUAUUCGAGGCAUCCAAGCUACCCCCUGUCCAUGCAACCAACAAAAGUCUCAAGCCUGUUGAGAUUUUACCGCUUCUACCUUAUUUUGAACGGUAUGAUGAUAAAUUUGUUUCGGUGGCAUUUGAUAAUGCUCCUACAGCCGAUUCAGAAAUCUACAGUAAGUUGAAUCCAUCUGUUCGUGAGGCCUGUGAAUCAAGGGCUGUUAUGAAAGCUUGUGUGGCAACAGGAUCAGAUCCAGGUAACCCAGAAAAGUUUUUAGCAUACAUGACCCCUGCGCCUGAUGAGCUGUCAAAGGAUAUGUUUGAUGAAAAUGAGGAUAUCUCGUAUAACUGGAUUCGCGAGUAUCAUUGGGAUGUACGGGGUGAUGAUGCUAAUGACCCAACAACAUUCCUUGUUGCAUUUCAAGAUGACGCUGCUCAUUAUCUGCCUCUUCCCACAAAGAUUAACUUAAGGAAAAAACGAGCCAGAGAGGGAAGAGCUGGGGACGAGGUAGAACAUUUUCCAGCACCAUCAAGCGUGACAGUGAGGCGGAGAUCAAUUGCUGCUGCAAGAGAACUCAGGGAUUCUGGGGGUGCUUCAACUUCAAGAGGUAAUAUGGGAGUAGCGGAUGAUGACGACGACAUUGGAAGAUCGCAUAGGGGUGCUCGAGACCGGGAUAUGGACAAUUAUAGCGAAGCCGAAGAUGACAUGUCUGAAUGACCUGUCCUUAUGCAAAAUGGCAUAUGGUUGCUCAAGACCAGGAGAUGAAUUGUUUGGAUGACUGGGCCCCGACGAAAUACCGUCACAGUGGAAAAUGACCACAAAUAUUUUUUAUCUGGAUGCUGAAGUGAUACAAGCUGAUGAGGUAGAGAUAAUGCACUGUAAAUGGCAACCAUCCAAAUAUACAUGUUCUUUUUCUAUUUAUUUCAGGUUGUAGCUGAUUGUAGUUGACUAGUUUUUCACAAUACCAUAAAAGGCAGAAAGAAUGAAGAUGAACAGAAAGCGAACAUGAGAGGUUUCUCAUUUUAUUUCCUGUAUAACAAGUUUUAUUUAAUAUAUGAAAUAGUUGUUUAUCUUUA